AUUCGGUGGUUGGCGCGGGCUGCGAGGUGGGGGAGAAAUGCCACAAAGGAAAAAGGUAAAACGAGGUGCAGAGGAGAAAGAAGAAAGAACCCAGCUGCUGCGCCUAUUAUGGCGAAGAAAACUCCAAAUUCCAGGAAACCUCGCUCUUCUCCAGCUUCCUCGGCCUCGUCUAAAAUAUGCGACGACGGUGAUAAAGAGAAGCGACCAAAGUCAGCAAUAAAACCGAAGAGGAUGCCGAAGAAGAAGAGUGUGAAACUUGAUGCUAAAAGGCCCAAGAAGCCCCCGACUGCUUUCUUCUUCUUCUUGGAGGAUUUUCGCAAGGAUUUUCAAGAGCAGAACCCAGAUGUCAAGUCAAUGCGUGAUAUUGGGAAGGCAUGCGGUGAGAAGUGGAAAACAAUGACUUAUGAGGAAAAGGUCAAAUAUUAUGAUAUCGCCACAGAGAAAAGGGCUGAGUUUGAUAAAGCCACAGCAGACUACAUUAGGAGAAAGGAAAAUGGUGAAUAUGAAGAUAUUGAGGAUGAUUCCGAGUUCGACGACUGAGGUUCUAGGAUUGUUGUAUUGGAUAAUCAUAGUUUCAGUAGGAGAUGUUUGACAGAUACAGGGGGGCGAAAGAAAAUAAUUGAGCAGCGGAGUCAUUUGAGAUUGGCUUAGAGGGUGCAAAAGCCUUUUGGGUUUCAAUCAUUGAAUUGUCUUUUUAAUCACAUGGAAGGAUUGCUUCCUGAGAAGCACUUCAUGUUCGUAAUAAACAAGAAGCACACUUCAGUUCACAGUGUCAAAAUUCUCUCUUCAGAAGUGGCAUGUCUAUCAGCUGGGUUGCCUAAUGAAUCUGCAAUACUUCUAAUCUCUGCAAUCAUUGCAACCACAUCAUUUAGCUUGUUAACUGCUGAGCCCACUCCCUGUAUUUUUUUUUUUUUAAUAAUGCGAGUAAUUUAUACCUCAGGAAGCCUUAUAGCUAUGUAAUGAUCAAUUAUUUCAUAUCUAACUAGCUGUUCUUUGAUUGC